AUGUUUAGGCCAUCCUACCAAGCGUCGGAAGAUGCUCUCCAUGGCCAAGACCUUUUUACCUCCAUAGGACACAAGGCGAAGAAGGAUGUCAUGCACAAUCCCCUGCCUGACGAUGACCUCGUCCCUCCUCCUAGCUACGACUCCUUGGCGAUUGAGCUCUGCACCACCUCCCAGAUCCACGAGAUUGAUUCGGUGGAGAUCCCCUCUGUCGAGCCUCCCCGUCGAGCCCAGCCCUCACGUGUACGAACCUACCUACAGUCUCCCAAACCAACACUUCAACCUGAGCCAUCCCCAUUUUUCGAUACUGCUUUACCAGAGAGCGUCCCCUCAUGCGUCAUUCCUGCAGAGCUGGACAAUAGUCUCAUGAAUCCGGCCUGCCACGACAGCACUGUGAUGACCUGGAUCAACGAUCCUGCUGCUUACAUUCCGUUUGAGUUUCCUGCGGGCGACAGGAGAUCCAUCAUAUCUAUUGGUUCUCAUAUGGGCGACGAUCGCCGCGCGAAAACACGCAGCAAGACUUUGGCUCCUAGCUCCUCGCUUCGUUCUAACGCGAGCAUGGACCUAGACUCCCCCAUGUCGAACUUGCUCUGCCAACCCGCAUACGAAAUUGACAGCCUUCACCCAACACCACCUUUUGGCACUCCGUUGGAUGGUGAUCUCAUACUUCCAGACGUCAUUUCGGAGCUUCCAGCAGAUACCCCCUUUAGCUCAAUCCCCAACGUACCUGAUGAUCUUUUGGAGUCCGCCGCGCUCUUCACGCUCGAAACCUGCGAUGACGAACCCGCCUUGUGCCACACCCUCGCGGAUUUAUCCAAGCCUCUUGCUCCGGAAGUCAACGUCCUACCCUAUUCAACGGGGGCGGCGUCUUCUCUUGCUGCCCACGAGCCCUCUCGUACCGACCCUUCUUCACUCAUCACCGCUGCCUGGGAGACGCUGCUCGCUCAUAUCUCCUCGUCAAAGACGAAGCUCCAGCAUCUACGAACCAACCCACUCGCACUCCUCUUCCUCAGCACAGAGCCCCAGGAUAUUGCAGCAAGCGGUCACGCCGCUCUAGCCCGCAUUUUGGACGGGAAUGCACCGAGCUCCCCUUUCGAAUUACUUUGUUUUGUCCACGUCGCUUAUUCAUACUUCCUUGUGCUACAUGAGGAUGAUGCCCCGCUUUUUCUCACGAUCUUUUUACUCAAGCCGCCAGUUAUACCCGCUGCUUUACAGUGGCAUCUCCGAAAGAAUAUCUCGAGGUUACCCGCGCCAUAUGGCAACCCGACAACUUUGAAUCAACUGGAACACUCGCUUCUGUCCAGGGCGGGCUCCGAAACCCUGCAAGGCCUGGCCUCAGAGCUUUGGACUACACAUCUCAAGGAAGCAAGCCUACUUUCUAGGGUUAAUGAUCCGACCUUUUCAAUAUCAGUUGGCUUGACUGUCAACGCUGUGCGCCAAAAGUUCGUCCAUGUACCCGGGCUGUCUGCUACUCUUUUAUCUGUCAAUAACCUCCUCCUGGAGGGACAGAUCGCGACGGUUCGAAGGGCGGAGCUGGAGCUUCUCCAGGCUGCUAGUCACUCGUUACCGCCCGCAACCUUCUUGAAGGAAUACUCCCCGUUUGUGCGACGUCAUUUUGACGCUCUCUACGCCGAUACUUCGCUGGGGUCCGCUCCUCGCGCCAUUUACUACCUGCACGCCAUCCGGUUGGUGGAGUCUGCUUUCACGUCUGCAUCCCCCAAGCAUCUCAUGACCUCGGCUACAUGUUAG